AGCCACUGCUCUCGUGUAGGUUUAUGCGGGUAGAAGCUUAUUGCACAUUGACUCCGGACUGCUGGCUGGCUGGCUGGCACAGUCGUCUCACCACAGAGUUUCUCGGAAGUUUCGGGAAAAGGUUCGUUAGAAGUGCUCUAGUUUAUCGCGUUAAAUUCUGCUAUUUAGCGAUUGCAAAUGUAAGCUAGCGAUCGGAGAAAUUGUCAAUGGACGUGGGGAGGAUCGGAAUUCAGUAUUUCGGGGCGUGAUAAAAUGUGUGAUUCGACUGGCAAGUGUUCUGAUAAAUUCUGUCCAAGGCAGGGAUCCGUGAGAAGUGGGGUGCGGAAGAGUGGUUAUUAAAUGGUGGAUUUGAGAUUUUUUCCAUUCUCGUUUCUUAAUUGCCAUUGUUAAUAGCGUUCAUAAGUGCUCUCGUUUUGGUUGUUUCGAUGGAUGUUUAUUGAUUGCGCUCUGGAGAUCGCGCUGAUCUGGCGUAGCGUUCUUGCGCAGAAGCUUAUUCAAGGAAAGUGAAGGCAAGGCACGGGGCAAGGAAGGGGUUGAAUGAACUCGAUAGAUUUUGCUUUUGUGCUGAAGGAAAGUGCGCUAGACUUUUUAAUAUUGAACAUCCUGUGCGCUGGGCAGAGUUGGGCGUGUGGAUCCCUCGUAAAGAUCUUCGCUUUCGGAAGGUUAAUUAUUGCUCCGGAAUGUCUAAUUUGGAAAAGUGCUGACGAUCGACUGAUCGAUUGGGAUUGGGGGGCUAUAAAGUGUGCUCGUGGCACAGAGAUCCGAGAAGAAGUGUCGCGCUAGCCAUAAAUCGAAGCGCUGAAUGAGGACAGUCUUCAAAGGGCAAUAAAGCCACUCGGAAUAGAUCGAUCAAUUUAGGAGAAAUCAGAUCACCGAGAUAUGACGAACUCUGGCCAUGCCGUGGUUGUUUGGGAGUUCGAAAGUCGUGGAGCCAAAUGGCUCCCAUUUAGUCCGGCGGUUUCACAGCAUCUGGAGAGAGCUCACGGUAAAAAGCUGACCCGAGUUCUGCUGAGCGAUGCGGAUCCUGCUCUGGAGCAGUACUACGUCAAUGUGCGUACGAUGACCCAGUGCUGCGAGGAUCAAGAAUUCGCCGUCACAAAUGUGCGGAGGCAGUUCUACAAGCCCAGCUCCCCAGCUGGAAAAGGUACCAAAUGGGAGUGGUGCGGUUCAUCCGGAAACGAUUGGCACAGCUACACCAUGGAGGUGCAAUGCUUCAUCGAAGAAGCGUGGGCCCGCGGAGAUCAAACGAUCGACCUCACCAAAACCCCUCUCAAUCUGCCAUACACCAUCAACUUCCUCAAUCUCACUCAAAUACGACACCAAAAUGGACCCCUUCGCAGCAUCCGGAGGAUCCAGCAAGCUCCUUACCCCUUAGUUAAAGUGCCAAAUCAAGCUGCCAUCACAAUCCCCCAAUCCACAAUCCAACCCCAAACCCAACAACCCAACCUACCCCCAAAACCUAAUCAUCAACCUUCGGCAUCUACCUCAUCCUCUUCCAAUCUGCAUCUCAACCAUCAAGCCCUUCACGUAAAAUCCAAAUCCCAACCGGUGCUCUGCAACAGUUCCAACUCCUCCCAAAAACGACCCACAAAAACCCUAAAAGUAGGCAAGCAGUUAGACAUCGUCCCCGUAACCCCAACAAACCUAGCCCGUCAGAUCCUCCACAACCUGAACAUUUUUGGCACCAAACAUCACCAUACCUCUCAGGACUCCCACCAACAAUCCCAAUUCUCAACGGAUCACUCGUCCCAGAGACCACCCGCCUUCCAACAGUCGAUCCGUAGUCAACACUCGAACACCAGCAGUAACGGGAGCAUCCGGGGGACCCAUCCAAAUUCGGCUGCAGCAUCCUUCCAAAGGCAGCGUAGUAAAUCCAGAAGCCGUGGAGAAUCCCUCCUGGAGACGGAUUCCCGAUCGAGUAUCAACAGCGGAAGGAGACCCAGUAUCGAUACGGUGUCGACCUACCUGAGCCAUGAUAGUAACAAUAGUACCACCACCAGGAAGAGCGCGACCAUGGGAUCAGUAUCGGACCUGUUGGAUUGUUCCAUGGGCAGCGAUGAUGUGUUUACGACGACGACCAGUUCCAGUUCGCAGCAGAAUAUUCCCGGGACGAUAGUUGGUGUCGAUCCGGCCAGCGACAUGAUAUCGCGAUUUGUGCGAGUGGUCGAACCUCCGCAAUGGCCUCACGCUCAACCCUGCCCAAUGUGUAUGGAGGAACUGCGCCACAACGGACACAAUCCAACGGUUUCCCUAUCUCGCUGUCAGCAUCUGAUGCACCUCAACUGCCUAAACGAACUGAUCCUGGGCCAACAACACCAGCAUCGGAAGAAAGAUAGUCAGAAGAGUCUCUACAUCGAGUGCCCGAUCUGUAUGUCAGUGUAUGGGGAAAAGAUUGGUGAUCAACCGCCCGGAACCAUGUCCUGGAUUGUGAUCCCUCGGAGCCUUCCCGGCCAUGAAGGCCAGAACACGAUUCAAAUAACGUACAACAUCGCUUCUGGCAUCCAAGCCCAGGAACAUCCUCAUCCGGGAAGAGCUUUCUUUGCCGUCGGAUUCCCCCGGACCUGCUUUCUGCCGGAUGGACUUCUUGGAAGGAAGAUUUUGCGCUAUCUCAAGAUAGCCUUCGACCGCAGGCUACUGUUUUCGAUAGGACGUUCGGCCACAACCGGUCGAGAGGAUGUGGUCCUGUGGAAUGGCGUCGAGCACAAGACCCAGUACUCGAUGUACCCGGAUCCGCAGUAUUUGCAACGGUGCCUGCAACAGUUGGUGCAUUUAGGGGUAACCGAUUGAUUCGAGAGCAAUCGGCGAUAGAGAAAAGAAAAGGGUAGCUAAUUAAUAGAAUUUAUACAUGUAGAGGUUACAAAUAGAAUCUUCCAUUGAACGUACUGAGCUAAUACAAGACUGUUCGAAUCGCAGCUAGAUUUUGCAAUUGAGGUUAAAAACUGUCUUCCGCCAACUUUCGGAAUGAAAGUCUUCCCGUGACGUAAUCAUGUGCAAAGUAUUAAAGGAAAUAUCUACGGCAUUUAGUAGAAAAAUACGUUGAAAUUACUUCCGUAAGAUGAUUUAGACUAAGCUUUAAAAUGUAAACACGGUUU